CGGUGUUCUUUCCGCACGCGCUUCAGUAUCGCGUAUUGUACAGAGCGCAGCCGACCGGUCCUCAACUGAACAAACUGACCUGAACAUUUUAACGACACGAUGUCAACGUCUAGCAGGCCUGAGGCAGACUCGCUGGUCGGGGCCAUUGACCAGGGGACGAGUUCUACCAGAUUUCUGGUUUUUAAUGCUAAAACUGCUGAUCUGAUCAGUCAACAUCAGAUGGAAAUUACCCAGAGUUUUCCCAAAGAAGGAUGGGUGGAAGAAGACCCAAAGGAGAUUUUACAGUCUGUUUAUGAGUGCAUGGAGAGGACCAGUAAGAAGCUCAUUCAGCUCAACAUUAACAUCUCCAACAUUAAAGCGAUUGGAGUGACCAAUCAAAGAGAGACCACCCUGGUUUGGGACAAAGAAACUGGAGAACCUCUCUACAAUGCUAUUGUGUGGUUGGAUCUGCGGACACAGUCUACAGUGGAGAAGCUGAUCAAGAAAACUCCUGGCAAGAACAAAAACCACCUAAAGGAUAAAACAGGUCUACCCAUCAGCACGUAUUUCAGUGCGCUGAAGCUGCGCUGGCUGAUGGAUAACAUAGAGAACGUGGCGGAGGCUGUGCAGACUAACCGUGCUGUUUUUGGGACAGUGGACUCCUGGCUCAUCUGGUGUUUGACCGGGGGAAAGAACGGUGGAGUUCACUGUACAGACGUCACCAACGCCAGCCGCACCAUGCUUUUCAACAUACACACCAUGCAGUGGGAUCCGGAGCUGUGCAAAUACUUUGAUGUUCCUAUUGAAAUUCUCCCUGAAGUUAGAAGCUCCUCAGAGAUAUAUGGCUACAUGAGCUCUGGUUCACUUGUGGGAGUGCCCAUCUCUGGAUGUUUGGGAGACCAAUCAGCUGCUCUUGUGGGUCAGAUGUGCUUCAAAGAUGGUCAAGCCAAAAACACUUACGGAACUGGCUGCUUCAUGCUCAAAAACACUGGUGUCAAGCCUGUGAUGUCAGACCGUGGCCUCCUUACAACAGUUGCCUACAAAUUGGGGAGGGACCAGCCUGCUUACUACGCACUCGAGGGCUCUGUGGCCAUUGCUGGAGCAGUAGUGAGGUGGCUGAAGGACAAUCUGGGAAUAAUCAAAUCCUCUUCAGAUAUAGAAAAGCUGGCUGCUGCAGCUGGGACGUCGUAUGGCUGUUAUUUUGUUCCGGCAUUUUCUGGGCUAUAUGCUCCCUAUUGGGAACCUAGUGCUCGAGGGAUUAUCUGUGGCUUGACACAGUUCACAAACAGGAGUCACUUGGCUUUUGCUGCACUUGAGGCUGUAUGCUUUCAGACACGAGAGGUUCUGGAUGCGAUGAAUCAGGACGGCGGUGUUCCACUCUCUCAGUUACAGGUAGACGGAGGGAUGACUGCCAACAAAUUACUAAUGCAGCUGCAGGCUGAUAUCCUCUGCAUUCCUGUGGUGAGACCCUCUAUGUCUGAGACCACCGCUCUUGGUGCAGCCAUGGCUGCAGGGGCAGCUGAAGGGGUCUGUGUAUGGACAAUAAACCCUGAUGGGAUGACCUCGGUGACCUCUGAGAAGUAUCAGCCUCAGAUUAACCCAGAUGAGAGUGAAUUCCGUUACACAAGAUGGAAGAAAGCUGUACAGAAGGCCAUGAACUGGGAGACGAUGGAGCCUGUUCCCACUGAAAAUGACACUCUUACCUUGUUGGUCCUUCUGGAUGUAAAGUCAGAAACGAUAGCUCAUCUCUUGUGCACUUAUAUGAGGAGGUACUCUAAAUCAGGACCUGGGAUACCACAACUAGAUCUACAUAGUACUGCUGCAAAAUAUACACACAGCAGACAGUCAGAUUAUUGAACCAGUCCAAUGGGAUCUGACAGCCCCUCUUCCCUCAGGAUGAGUAUUAUCAGAAUUUUCACAGCUAUGUUCUGGUCAAAUAUGCAUCUCUUUUCACACUCAAUGUGUUUGAAACCCACUGGCUGGCCAAAACGAGUCUACAACCCUUAAAGUGUUUAUAGUUUAGUGGGUUUAGUGGAAAAUCUAAAUUCUCCCUUUAUCCCAACAGUGUUGAAAUUAAAAAUGUGCUUCUUUAGUUUUAGCUACAAGGCUAAUGUAGCUAAUGUAAUGUAAAAUGUAUACCCCACCAAUUAGCGUGGUGCUGAAUCAAAAAUUGCAUUGUUAAAUAGACUUGAUAAUGUGAUAAUGUGUCAUUUAAUGUGAUGACAUUAUGAUGAUAUUUAUAAACAUGGACUAUAAAACAUUGCAUACCGUUGUGUACAAAAGUUUGGGAGCCCCUGGUCAAAUUCAGUAUUGUUGUUGAUUUUCUAAGUGUAAGUUAACAUAUCCUCUUCAGAGAACAUACUUCUGUACAAUUUUUACACAAUUACUGUUUAUUUGAUGAAUAUAAGAUAUUUGGAAAACAGGGACACAAAGUGAAGACACCAUUGUGUAGUACCCCAAACGUGCACAGUAUAUAAUCAUUUGUCAUUUUAGAACUUUUUAAUAUAAAAUGGUGUAUAUUUAUUCAAACUAGUACCACAUCAUUUAGUUGUUUAUUAAUAAAUGACUUUGGCACAGCUGCUAAACUGCCCUGAGUGCAUAUUUAGUAAUCUCAGCGCACUUUAGGAACAGAUCAUUCAAACCAUUUGACAAUGACAUGACACACAUGAAAUUAUUUUUAUAACUGAUGUUCACCAAAGGUUAUUGCAUCUGUCUCUAUGCUUAUUCGGACGAUCAUUAGCAAUUACAGUAAUUACAGCAGCAUUUCUGUUCCUAAUGGUUCAGUGAUCUAGGUUCUACCUUCCAAUCUUCUGCAAUAGAUGUUUUCUUUCAGGCAGUAACAUUCAGUGACAAAACUGUUCUACUGAGCCACAGAUAUUCUACAUAUUCACAAUUAAACCCACUCUCAGCUAGGGGUAGAUGUCCAGAUAUUUUCAUGAUACACAAUAAGCAUCAUGAUAAUUCUUUUUUCUGCGGUUUGUUAAGUGUGAAUGAAGAAAAAACAACUUGUAGUGCCACAUUGAAACAAGAUUUAAAAAAAAGUUUCAUAUUCAGUGUUUUACAAACUGCACUGCACAAAAUCUAAUUAAACAGAGCUGAUUAUGCCCACUUUGUAAUUAAACAAUAGACAGUUCCUUGAGUGUAUUGUGACAUAAUUUAUCAAAAUAACGAUAAAAUAUCAUGUUCCCACCCCUACUCUCAGCAUUUCAUCAAAUCCAAAUUCACACUGCUCGAACAUGGCUAAGAAACCUUUACAGUAAUUAUUAUAAUGGAUAGGUAAUUUUUUUUAUUUCUUCUACUUCUGUACCAUUUCAUUUUUGUUUUGUUGAUAAGAUGUGCUGUCAUUAACAUGACUAAUUAUUUUUUAUUAAUGUAAUGUGAUUGCCUUUAAUGUAAUCUUCUUAUAUGGCGAUCUUUUUAACAAUAGAGUUGUUAUGUAAACACUGCAAAUUAAUGUCACUGUAAAUUGAAUGGAAACAAUUCUAGAAUUCUAAAAUUUUCUGUAAUAAUCUUAAAGAUUAAAUAUCUUUUUCUGAA